AUGGAUCUAAUAUUUGAAGUACAAAGAGGGAGAGCAUUCUCAAUUGAAGUGGGCUUCUUCGACACAAUUUUGGAAAUCAAAGAAAAAGUUCAAAAAUACCAAGGAAUUCCAAUCUCUAAACAAACCUUACUCUUCAAUGGCCAAGUUCUCCAGGACGACGGCGACAUUUGGAAAUGCGAGAUUUUUCAAAAUUCUCGCAUUCAUCUAGUUGUCGCCGUUGCAGAAUCUGACCAUCACAGAUCACCUUUGGUAGAGGAAACCAAAAUUCACCUCAACAUCAAAACACCUUCAUCAAAAUCCCACAUUCCGGUCGAAAUCGACAAAAACCACACCGUUUUAAAGCUUAAAGAGAAAAUUCAUGACAUUGAAAAUAAUGUCCCAAUAAACAAACUCAUUUUGCAUGUGCAUGCAACAGGAACAGAAUUGCAUGAGAAUCAAUUAUUACGUGAUUGUGACGUUUCGGAUAACAGUGAAAUUGAGGUGAGUUUUAAGCAACCGGCAGCGGCGGCUCCGGCGGUGGUUGGUGGUGGUGGUGGUGGAGGUUCAAAGAAGUUGAAGCUGUUGGUUUUACCCAAGAGUGGAACAAAGAAAAUACCCGUGGAAAUGAAUGCUUCUGAUAAUGUUGGUGAGUUGAGGAAGGAACUGAAUAAGUUGAAUCAGAGGCUUCAGUUUCAUCUUCCACAAGAUGGUUACUUUUUCAUUUAUAAACAAAAUGUUAUGGAUGAUGACAAGUCUUUUCGAUGGCACCAUGUUUGUCAAGGUGAUACCAUUGAAAUCUUUAAUGGAAGUGUCACUGGUGGAUCAUGAAAUUAAUUUUUUUUGUCCUUAUGUCUCUUUAUUUUAAUUUAGCUAAGGCCUAAGUGUAC